AUGAAGAACACAACAGCCCUCCUCUCCACCCUCAUAACCGCAAACCACAUCCUCUCCCACCACGCCGUCCUCGACCCCUUCGGCCACAUCAGCGUUCGCAAUCCAAACACCAAUACCACUUUCUUCAUUGCAUUACAGAUUGCUGUACUUCCACUCUACGUAACGACGACCAUCGCGGAUCGAUAUGCCAGCAACAUACGUCCGGUAAUUGUCGAUGCACCACAAGUGGCGGCCAACUUUCCCGACGUCGAUGGCAUUCAAUUGUUGUCGCCGGCUUUCAUAAACCCAGAGAAUGUACCAGCGACAUUUGCGAACGGCACCACCGGACCGACCCCGCAGCGUGAUUUGGAGAGCUUCGUAAAAGGCCUCACCCAGCGCAACGGAUGGAUCACCUACAACAGCGAACUGAGAUCCGAGGAAAACCGCGCGAUACCGUACGUUACAUUAACAAAUGGCAAGAAAGGCAGUAAGAAACUACGUGUCUGGAUCCAAGGAGGCCAACAUGGAAACGAGCCUGCAGGCGAUGAGGGGGUACUUGCACUGCUAGGGAAGUUUGCGCAGGACUCUCAAUGGAGCGCCAAAGUCCUUGAGAAGAUCGAUCUUACGAUCAUCCCGCGUUACAACGUCGAUGGCGUCGAGUACCUACAGCGACAACUGGCUUCUAACUACGAUCCCAACCGUGAUCAUGCAGUGCUCGAACGACAGCAGACACGAGCUAUCAGAAAGCUGCAGUCUGAGUUCGAUCCACACAUCUUCAUCGACGACCACGAGUACACAGGCGGCAACUUGGUAGCGGAAAAGUACAUCCGCGCGCAGGAUCUUCUUGUCUCCGCGAACAAGAACCGAAAUGUCAACCCCAGCAUCCGAGCGUUGAACCAGGAAUUUGUCGACGACAUCUUCGCAGUUGCCGAGAGCAAAGACCUCAGGAUCUUCCCAUAUUUCACCACGAGUGUCGCAAAUGGCACGAUAACGAUUGAAGAGCCUGACGCGCUUGCCGCGGCGAAUCACAAGGGUGCUGGUAACUACCAGGCCCUUACCUUUCUCGUUGAGACGCGUGGUAUCGCUAUUGCGGAUCAGCACUUUCAGCGACGCGUAGCUUCGCAUGUCAUUGUGCUAGAAACGAUUCUCAAUAAAGCAGUGGAUGAGUUUGACGACAUAUACAGCACCAUCGAAGCCGGACGUAAAGCAUUCGUCGACAGCAAGGACGACAUCGUCGUAACCUAUGAACAACGCAUCACCAACAAGACAGUCCCGUUCAUCGACGCAUCAACCGGCUCACUCGUCUCCGUACCCGUCCGCUCCCGAAACAGCGAUCCCUCCAUCGUCACUCUAUCCCGUCCCCGCCCAAAAGCGUACGUCUUCUCACGCGCCUGGGCCGAUGUAGCCGAGCGUCUCCGCAUCCUCGGUGUCACCGUCGAUGUCCUGGAGGAAGACUUUAUCGGAACUGUCGAAGCACUAGUAGCAACGAAGGCUGAGCUUGCCGACACGAAAUUCGAAGGCAUCGCGGGUACAACAGUCACGACGAAUGCGACGCAGCGUGCUGUUACAAUACCCGCUGGAGGGUUUUACGUUGAUACAAAGCAGAAGAAUGCCGGAUAUGCGUUCACGCUAUUGGAACCGGAGGGGGAAGCGAGUCAGGUGUAUUAUAACAAGAUUCCGCUGGAGGUGGGGGAUGAAUAUCCCGUAUUCAGGGUUCUGUAG